UCGAACUGAACGGUGUCUGGGGAUGCCAUACCUUCUGAUCAGUACAUUGCUGCGUUCGGAGACUGGUCCUACCAUGGUUGGGGAUGAUAUGUCUGAUCCUGCCAUCAUGAAUUAUCUAGGAGCUAGAAAAACCACCAUGCUGGGCAACAACUUUGGGGAGUAUCACGUGGGCGAGCCACCCAGGACUGUCCUGGACAAGUUGGAGAAGAUUGGCUUCAGCGUGGUGAGCAUGACAGGGGUGGGGCAGACACUCAUAUGGUGCCUGCACAAGGACACCUGCAUGUGAGCCACGGUGGCACCCCAUGAUCUGAAGAACGUACACAAAACUAUCAUGACGGUGUUCUCAUAUGUGUUAGUCCUUCAAUCAUACAGUAAGCACAGGCUUUGAUCAAGUGAACUAUUGUGUAUAUUUCUCAUUUCACAGUUAACUGAAUUACAUGUUAGUGUCAUUGCACUACAUUAUUAGCUUGUUUGACAUGUAUU